CGGGCCGGAAGAGGCGGGGCCGGGCCUGGCGGAGCCGCGAGAGUUGCGGGCGCGCCGACUGUCGCUGUUUGCGGGCGCCGAGAGCCGGCCUGGGCGGGCGGGUUGCGUCGCGAUGCCGGAGCUGGCGGUGCAGAAGGUGGUGGUCCACCCGCUGGUGCUGCUCAGUGUGGUGGAUCACUUCAACCGAAUAGGCAAAGUUGGAAACCAGAAACGUGUGGUUGGUGUGCUUUUGGGGUCAUGGCAAAAGAAAGUACUUGAUGUAUCCAACAGUUUUGCAGUUCCUUUUGAUGAAGAUGACAAAGACGAUUCUGUCUGGUUUUUAGACCAUGAUUACUUGGAGAACAUGUAUGGAAUGUUUAAGAAGGUCAAUGCCAGAGAAAGGAUAGUUGGAUGGUACCAUACAGGCCCUAAAUUACACAAGAAUGACAUCGCCAUCAAUGAACUCAUGAAAAGAUAUUGUCCCAACUCAGUAUUGGUCAUUAUUGAUGUGAAGCCAAAGGAUCUGGGGCUGCCCACAGAAGCAUAUAUCUCCGUGGAAGAAGUUCAUGAUGACGGAACCCCCACCUCGAAAACCUUUGAGCAUGUGACCAGUGAGAUUGGAGCCGAGGAAGCAGAAGAAGUGGGAGUGGAGCACUUGUUACGAGACAUCAAGGACACUACAGUGGGCACUCUCUCCCAGCGGAUCACCAACCAGGUCCACGGUUUGAAAGGACUGAACUCCAAGCUUCUGGAUAUCAGGAGCUACCUAGAGAAAGUGGCCACGGGCAAGCUGCCCAUCAACCACCAGAUCAUCUACCAGCUGCAGGAUGUCUUCAACCUGCUGCCGGAUGUCAGCCUGCAGGAGUUCGUCAAGGCCUUUUACCUGAAGACCAACGACCAGAUGGUAGUGGUGUACUUGGCCUCGCUGAUCAGGUCUGUGGUCGCCCUGCACAACCUCAUCAACAACAAGAUCGCCAACCGGGAUGCCGAGAAGAAAGAAGGGCAGGAAAAGGAGGAGAGCAAGAAGGAUAGGAAAGAUGAGAAGGAGAAGGAGAAAGAAAAGAGCGAUGUAAAGAAAGAGGAGAAAAAGGAGAAAAAAUAACCAUGUAGCUUUCCAAUUUGUAAAUUAAAAUCUUACAAAUGAACUUGGUGUGCGGCCGGCGGGUUCUUUUCACUUGAGUGCUUGUCCGAAAGCUGCGGGUCCCGCACGUGGCACUCCAGAGUGGACGGACAGAGGGACGGGUCCUAGACCCAGGGUGCAGCUGUAAGGCGGGUGUGAUAGUUCAGGCUUCAGAUUGUGGGAGAAACACGAAGUCAGUACAAGUCUUGGUACUCUAAACUCUUCUGGCAGUGAGACCAGGAGGCAGUUGACCCAUCUCAAAGACUCUGGGUUUUUGGCCGUUUGUGAAGUUGCCAACCGGAUUGCCUGGAUCCCCCGCGUGCUUUGCCUCAGCUCACCCGAGUCCUGACCCUUCUGAGCUCCGGGUUGGGGACACUUAGGUGUCCUCUGGGCGUGGCUCCAGCCCAGUAUACUGUUUACCUUCAAAGACACGAUUAAAACGGCGUGGUUUGUAAAUCUG